AUGCGCAAGGCUCAGGAGGCGGCCAGCCUCGAGUCGAUGCCCUCCCCAGUCAGCCGCCCGUCGGCCAUGGACCUGCAGGCGGUGAAGCUGCGCAAGACCGAGGUGGCCAAGUCUCCCGGCGGCACCCCGUUGAACAAGGCGCCGUUGCGGGGCGGGGCCAGCGAGCUGUUGGUGACUGCUUUGAGAUCCCGGUGCAACGUGAUGAUGAGUGAUAUCGAGGACGAGGACACGGACGGACUGAACGAAUCGACGCAGGACGAGUGGGAGGACAAAAUG